AUGAGUUUAAUCAUUUUCUGCCUUAUUGUGAGUGUUUUAAUUGUCUUUGGGUUGUUGCUGUACUACUCCCAAAAACGACCUAAGGAUUUUCCACCAGGGCCUCAAUGGUAUCCAAUUGUUGGCAAUUCCCUGCAGCUACGACGAACAGCUAUGAAGCUAGGUGAUACCCUUAGAGUCUACGAGAAGUGGAGUAGAGACUUUAACAGUCCAGAUGUAGUAGGUUUCCGCCUAGGGCGUCAGCUCUUCAUCACAGGCCUCUCUGCAAAGGCCGUUUACGACAUUCACAAAAUGGCUGUCUUCGAUGGACGCCCAAAGGAUUUUUUCACCUCAAUCAGAACUCUUAAAACCUACGGUGGCAUUACGUUCACGGAUGAGAACCUCUGGAAGGAGCACAAGAAUUUCACAUUGAAACGUCUCAAAAAUCUCGGAGUUGGCAGCAAUCGGAUGCAGGAACUAAUUGAGAAGGAACUUUUGGGUUUCAAGCAAACGAUUGAGAAGAAAAUGGCGGCCGAAGGAUCCCUCUGGCCUGGACCACUCCUCAAAGGACCCAUAACAAAUGUAAUUUGGACUCUUGUGGCAGGAGAUGCAGCAGAGCACAUUGUCCUGUGGAAAACUCUGACAAAACUUCUUGAUCAGCGUGUAAAGAACUUUGAUCUAUCCGAUGGGGCUCUUUCGGAUUUCCCAUGGCUUCGUUUUGUAGCUCCUGAAUAUUUUGGCUACAACCUCCUCUGUCACAUUAACAACGAACUUCAAGCUAUCCUUCGGAGGAUAAUUAAGGAUCAUCAUGGAAGCUAUACGGAAAAUAGGGCCGAUGAUGACUUUAUCUAUGCCUUCAUCAGGGAAAUGAAGAAUCAGGCGUCAAAUAAGGAUUCAACAUUCACCGAUCGUCAACUUAUGGUUGUUAUGUUGGACUUUGUUAUAGGUGGAACCUACGAAACGAGCGGAACAUUCGAUCUAGCCUUGAUGACUUUAGCCCUCCGUGAGGAUAUUCAGGAGGAGAUUUACGCUGAAAUAGCUAGAACUCCCCGAGAAAAUCUCCUCACCUACACCCAUCGUGCUGAUCUACCGCUCUCGCAGGCUUUCAUCAUGGAGAUCGGUCGUUUCUACAACAUAGCCCCACUUGGGGGACCACGAAGAGUUCUCGAGGAUACCCACCUGUGUGGCUAUCGUAUCCCCAAGGAUACAACAGUCCUGAUUGGAAGUGAAUUUGUGCACAAGAAUCAAAAUCUCUGGGGUGAUCCUCAUGUUUUUCGUCCAUCACGCUUCCUCGAUGAAACAAGAAGGAAACUUAUUUAUCCGGAGUAUUUUUAUCAAUUCGGCCAGGGACGAAGGAUGUGUAUGGGAAUAACACUGGCAAAGGCAUUCUUGCACACCUUCCUCACGGGCAUCGUACACGACUACAAGAUUUCUGUUCCUCCCGGCAAGGAGCCUCCAAGUCAGGUGCUAAUUCCUGGAAUGUUCAGAAGUAUUCAGCCCUAUAGUGUGCAGUUUACAAAAAGAAUUUAAGGACUUUUCAAUUAAAACUGAUUGUAAAAGGAUAAGUUUUAGGAAUUAAUGAAGUUUUUUCGAAUGGCCGCCAUUUUCUUUAAGAUUUUUAAGGUUAUGUUUCAAAAAUUCCCAUUUGUAUGAGAAACAUUAGCGUCAAUGUUUCAUGUUUCCAUUUUCAUUUGAUAGAAACAAUAAGAAAACAACAUAAAGUUAAUCA